CACACACAACAAACUUUGCGUGUCUCUUUGUCUUUGUCUUGAGUCUUGACUAUAGUUAAUAGUCCUCGGUUUCUUCUUCACCAUUUUUGUUUACAUUCAUCAAUUCGUUAUUAUCUAAAUCUGAAACCUGUGAAUCCAAAAUCGUGUUAUAUAAAAUCAGACAUAUAUAGAUGACGGUUUCAAACGGUUCAGAUAUGAAGAUAGACGUGAAACCUGAGCCAUCUGCGCCAACUCUGGACUACCACGAGCCGGGAACUGUCGGCGCAAACGCCGGCAUCGUACGGCGGUGGAAGAUGGAAGAUUUGCUCAAGAGAGGAUCGUUAUGGUUGAGAGGAAUUGCUUUGUUUUUCUCUUUAAUUUCCUUCAUUCUCAUUGUUAGCAACAAUCAUGGUGAUUGGAGAGAAUUCGACAAGUAUGAAGAAUACAGGUAUUUGCUGGCCAUAGCAAUUCUAUCCAUUUUGUACACUGGAGGACAAGUGUUUCGUCAAGCUCAUGAACUUUCCACGGGGAAAAACUUGCUUCAGUUAAGAACAGUAGCGUUGAUUGAUUUUGUUGGAGAUCAGGUACCAAAUCUGUAAUUGCUCACUGCUCUAAUAAGGAUACUAAUAUAAUAGGUGCAUCUGUGGUAUGUUGAUACAUCAUAUGGAGCUCUUUUCGGUUUCAGACCACCGGCAGUAUCGAACCUUCGUCCACAGUUAGCUCUUUUCGGUUUCAAACCACAAACAGGAAGAUGGUGAACAGGAUACUAAGAGAGGGUACACUAGUCUUUUGUAUAAAAGCCAAUGUCAGCAAAUAAGGUUGCUUUUCAGCAAUACCACAUGCUCAAAGGGAAAGUGUUCGCCGGCUAUAUCCAUGAAUGCUAGUAUUACAAUUUGUGUGAGGCAGUGAGUAUAAGAAUACCCCAUCCUUUUAAGUGUGAGCAUAUGUUACAGUGAGAUAUGAGAUAUGAGACUACUUAUUUCAUACAAGAA